AUGAACUACCAACUCCAUUCGCAGGACUACUACGACCCAGCUCUCGAGCUCGACUUUACCCAGUCCUGGUCUCCCGAGAGCAAGAAGCAGAUCCCCCGUGCUGCUUCCUACUACAACAACUCUUACGACCUCGCCACAGACGACUGGGGCUACCCUCUCCCAGCGCCCCAGUAUCCAGACCACGACCAGCCUAGGAUCAAGCAGGAGGACCUCUACGAUCCCCAUGCUUUUCACCAGCCGCUUCAAUCCCAUCCACACUCCGCCACCUACUAUCCUCCCCAGUCCUUCCACUCCCAGACUCCUUCCCAGCCCCAGCCUCCCUCCCAGCCCCAGCCCCAGCCACAGUCCCAGCCUCUCCUCCAUCCACUCGCCAGACCCGCCUUCCAGUACGCUCAGACAAUCCACCCCGCUGAGCUCUCCCCAGUCACAGACUCCUGCCCCUCCGUCUCCCCGCUCUCCGCCUACACAGAUCUCUCUACCGCCGUCCAUGACCCAUCCCACUACGCCGUCUGCCAGCCCCAGCACACCACCAUCGACCUCAAGUCAUGGAACGACGACCGUCGCGCGUCUCUCGCCAGCACCGCCAGUCUAGAGAGCGACCUCAGCUCCGUGCCCUCCCACCACUCCCACCACAUGGUCCCCCUCGACAUGGGUCUUGACCCCAUCGACGGCAUGGCCCUGGGCAUGGCUGGCGUCGUCGUUGGCGGUCUGCCGAUCGACAUGACAGGUGUGCCACAGGAGGCCGUGUGUGCCCCGGAGGAGGACAUUGGCGGCGAGGAGGACGCCGAGGGCGAGGACGACUGGGACCACACCCAGCAGCAGGACGUCCAGCAGGUCCAGUAUCAGCAGCAGCAGCAGCAGCAGCAGCAGUAUAUGAGCGAGGGUGUUGAGAGUGUAGCGGACGGCACGGAUCGGGAUGGUGAGGGCGACGAAGAAUUCCACAGCGCCGUCGACAGCAGCAUUCAGCAACACCAGCAGCAACAGCAACAGCACGUACUCGAUGAAGAUGGCGAGGAGGAGAUGCCAGUCGAAGAGUCAGACUUGUCAGAGGACAUCGAGGCAGAGGCUGAACCAGAGAUCAAGCGCGAGUACGAGGACAGCGAUCUCAGCGAGACAGAGGAGGAGACAGAGGAGGACGAAGACGACCCGGACGACCCAGAAUUCGUGCCCCGGCCCAGGCGUCGCACCAGCUUGCGCAGGCAGUCGACAUUCCCUUCAGCCGAUGGCGAGCUCUACGCGCAGUAUGGCGCGACGGUGCCCUUUAGCAAUAUCAUGAACGAGGGCCGCACGCUUCGUUCGCGCUCUUCUUCCGCGCGGUAUACGCCUUAUCCCAGCAAUUACCCCGAGGGCUCGACUUACAACGGAAACGGCGAACAUGGAUUCGACCACCACGGCAGCAACGACAACAGCGGCGCGUACAACGAACGCGCGCGCGGAAGGAGGUACAACUCUACAUCAUCUACCACAUCCUCGUCUGCCCACCCUCCGCGAUCUGCGUCGUCGCUUUCUGGCUCUUCGGGCAUCACAACAACAACAACAACGACGGCGACGAGACGGCGCCUACGGCCAUCCAACACGCUCCCUGUGCCGAUCCCUGUGCCGAAUCUGACGAAGAAAUCGCGGGGACGACGAGUGCCAACGAUGUCGUCGCUGGAGGAUGUGCGUAGCGCGGCGAGCGGUGCGGGGAGGAAGAGGCAGAACGCGGGAGGCAAGGCGGCGCGGAUGUACCUGUGCGAUGUGGACGGGUGUGGGAAAUGCUUUGCGAGAGGCGAGCACCUCAAGCGGCAUGUGCGAAGCAUCCACACCUAUGAGAAACCACACAAAUGCCUGUAUCCUGGCUGUGGCAAGGACUUUAGCAGGCACGACAACCUUGGGCAGCACAUGCGGGUGCACAAGGACUAUGUGCAGGAGGGCGUCACAGUGCCCAACAGCGGCUCGUCAGGGUCGUCGCGACGCAAGUCGACGCAGAGCUGA